AUGAACUCGCAGUACGCUUCGCACGGUCGUGGUGGCGCAGGCAAUAUGUCCGACGCCAAAGCUUCACCAAAACUCCAGCCAUCUGACCUGGAGACCCCGACGCUCAAGACACCGAUUGUUACGACUGGGCGCGGGGGCACGGGUAAUAUGGCCAAGAACAAGGACCCCAUCGAAACUCGUUUGCGCCAGGAUGUCAGACCUGUUCCUCGUCGCCACAGCAGUGGCACCCAGCACACAGGCCGAGGCGGUGCUGGUAACAUUUUCAAGGACGACACCGAAGAAGUGACCCGUACCACAAGUCGCGAGCAAGCCAUUGUCGAUGAUACAGAGCGCCCUGAGACACCAUCUAAGCUUCGAAAAGGCUGGCCCUUCGGCAAGAAGGCGUAA